AUGGGUGAUCAUGAAUCCUCCGUUACACCUGGUUCCACCGGUGUUAUUGUUGGUCAGUCUGAUGUCAAGACUGCUAUCCCUCCAUACACGUUGUCAAGCUCAGACAAUCCUGGUGUUAUGAUCACUUCAGUUUUGUUAACUGAAGAUAACUACAUCCAAUGUUGGAUUCGAUCUUCGAUUGAGUCUAAAUUGAAUUCAACCAUGACGUUUGUCUCAAGUGAACAAGAAUUGUGGGAAGAGCUGCAAUAUCGUUUCUCUAUUGGUAACAAGGUGCGUGUUCACCAAAUUAAGGCUAAACUUGCCUCGUGUAGACAAGAUGGUCAAUCUGUUAUGGAAUAUUAUGGAAGAUUGUGCAAUCUUUGGGAAGAACUGAAAAAUUAUCGAGUGAGUCCCGUUUGUUCCUGUGGUGUCACUUUGUCUGCAAUUGUGGAAGAAAGAGAUGAAGAGAAGCUUCAUCAGUUUGUAAUGGGCCUCGAUGAUUCGAGGUUUGGUGGCCUCUGCACUACUCUCAUUAGUAUGGAUCCUCUCCCUAGUCUCGCUGUGGCAUACUCUAAAGUGAUUCGUGAAGAGCAAAGAAUGUCCUCUGCUAGUCUUCAACAAAAUCACGAGUUUGUCGGUUUCUUGGCUCGUAGUGAUAACCGCGAUCAGUCUUCUUGCGGUGAUGCUUCCUUGUUCCGGACUGAUCAUACUGGUUCUCUUCUUGGUAAGGGACGCUCCUGCACUCACUGUGGUCGUACCGGGCAUGAACAGAAGGACUGUUGGCAACUUGUUGGUUUUCCAUAUUGGUGGAUGGAUCGUGAGCGAGGUACUAGUGGUGGUCGUGGUUCUCCUGGUCGGGGAAGAGGAGGUCGUGGUUCUAUGGUUUCUAGUGGAGGAAGAGGACGUGGGAAACCUAUGACUGCUCAUGCGACUAGCUCCAAUUCCUCUAUUUUUCUUGCCUUAACAUCUGAACAGUUGAAAGUUUUAACUCAGAUGAUUCAUGAAAAAUCAGGCAACGAUAGUUCCGACAAACUGUCUGGUAAGCUUGAGUUUGGUGAUAUUAUUUUGGACACAGGAGCAUCUCACCAUAUGACUGGGAGGCUUUCUUUGUUGCACAAUGUUGUGUCCAUUCCGACGUGUUCGGUUGGAUUUGCCGAUGGUAGCAAGACUUUUGCUAUGAGUGUUGGUGUUUUGUCUCUAACGGACAAAGUCUCGUUGACGAAUGACCGUUUUUCGAGGACCCUGAUUGGAAGCGGUGAAGAGCGUGACGGUGUGUACUAUCUUACGGAUGUGGCUUCAACGAAGAUACAUGCAGCUACGUCUUUUUCCUCUGUUGGUUCUGACUCGUGUGGUGUCUGUUUUCGUGCAAAACAAACACGAGAGGUGUUUCCAGAAAUUUAUUUUCUAACUAUUGUCGAUGACUAUUCUAGAGCAGUAUGGACUUACUUGUUACUUGAGAAAUCAGAGGUUCGUAAUGUUCUUACCAAUUUCAUAACGUAUGCCGAGAAACAAUUUAGCAAAGUGGUCAAGACUGUUCGAAGUGAUAAUGGAACAAAGUUCAUGUGUUUGUCCUCUUAUUUUCGUGAGAAAGGCAUUGCUAAGUUUCCGAUAAAUUUUUGGGGUGAGUCGGUUUUGACAGCUGCAUAUUUGAUAAAUCGCACCCCGUCUUCGAUUCAUAAAGGUUGCACUCCGUAUGAACUUCUUUAUGGAUAUUCUUUGUCCAUUUCUUCGUCGGUUCAACCACUUGAUGAUGACUGGUUGGUUGCACCAUUGCCUUCUACUGACGCGCAUGUUGCAGACAGGGGGAGUUCUUCUGUAUCUGAGGUUGUUAUCAAUAGGGGGAUUCCUUCUGUAUCGGAGACUGUUCCACCUACCUCUGUUUCCCCUGUUUCUGACUCCUCUGUAUUGGAUCGACAACCUAAUCCGUCUAGCAGUGAUAACUCUGGUUCUGUUGUUGUUCCUCUCUCUGUUUCAGUCUCGGCGUUUGAUUCUUCUUUGUCGAUGCAGUCCUUACCACCUCCUCGUAAAAGUUCACGACAACCUACUCCGUCAGUUCGCUUACAGGAUUAUGUUCUUUACAAUGUUGAUAGUACACUCGUCGUCAGUCACGCUCUUUCCGCUGCUUCUACUCAAUCCUCGUCAUCGGGUUAUUUGGCUUCCAUUGUCUCCAAUGUCGAACCAAAGCACUUUAAAGAAGCUGUUCGACUCAAAGUUUGGAACAAUGCUAUGACAAAGGAGGUAGAUGCUCUCGAAAUUCACCGGACUUGGGAUGUUGUUGAUCUCCCUCCUAAUAAGGUUGCUAUUGGUUGUCAAUGGGUCUAUAAAACCAAGUAUAAUGCGGAUGGUUUGGUAGAGCGUUAUAAGGCUCGGUUGGUGGCACUUGGUAACAAUCAAGUUGAAGCUGCCAAUCAGUGGGAAGUUUAUCAAAUGGAUGUUAAUAAUGCAUUCUUACAUGGUGAUCUUGAUGAGGAGGUCUACAUGAAGCUUCCUACGGGUUUUCGUCACACUCAUCCUGGUAAAGUAUGCCACCUUAGGAAGUCUCUUUAUGGUUUAAAGCAGGCUCUGCGGUCUUGGUUUAAAAAGCUAUCCGACUCAUUGCUUCGUUUCGGGUUUGUUCAAUCAUAUGAUGAUUACUCAUUGUUCUCCUAUUCUCGUGGAGGUAUUGAGCUUCAUGUUCUAGUGUAUGUUGAUGAUCUUGUCAUUUGUGGGAAUGAUGCCUAUAUGCUUCGACAGUUUAAAGACUACUUGAGUCGUUGUUUCUCUAUGAAAGACUUGGGGAAACUCAAAUACUUUCUAGGCAUUGAAAUGAGUCGUGCUUCAGACGGUAUUUUCAUUUCUCAAAGAAACUAUGCGCUGGAUAUUGUUUCCGACUAUGAUUUGGCCGAUUCUCGUUUUGCUUUUACGCCACUUGAAAAGAACCAUGGUCUUGCCAAAGAUGAUGGUCCUCUUCCACUUGAUCCUAAGCGCUAUCGAAGACUUGUUGGUCGUUUGCUGUAUCUCCUUCACACGCGUCUUGAGCUGUGUUACUCGGUUCAUGUCUUGUCCCAAUUCAUGAAAACUCCACGUGAGGCUCAUUGGGACGCUGCCUUGCGUGUUGUUCGUUUUCUCAAGGGUGUUCCUGCUCAUGGUAUUUUGCUCAAUGCUGAUAAGGAUUUGACGUUAACAGUUUAUUGUGACUCUGAUUGGUCUUCUUGUCCGUUAACUCGCCGUUCUCUUAGUGCUUAUGUGGUCUUCAUGGGGUCUUCUCCUAUCUCUUGGAAGACUAAGAAACAAGACACUGUCUCUCAUUCAUCCGCUGAGACCGAGUACAGGUCGAUGGCUGUUGCUUUAAAGGAGAUUAAGUGGUUGCGCAAGUUGUUAAAAGGAUUGGGUGUCGAACUUACUUUUCCUGCUCGCUUGUUCUGUGAUAGCAAAGCUGCGAUUCACAUUGCUACUAAUCCGGUGUUUCAUGAGCGUACUAAACACAUUGAAAAUGAUUUGUCAUGCGGUGCGGAAUUCUUAUCGUGA